AUGGCACAAGGGGGCCCAUUUGAUCUAACUAAGUGUGCCAGACCGAAUAUCUUGCAAUUGGAGCCCUAUAGAUGUGCAAGGGAUGACUAUAAGGACGAUGGAACAAAUAUCCUUCUCGACGCAAAUGAGAACGCUUAUGGCCCAGGCCUAGCUAUCAAGAGUGAUGGAAAACUCGAGGGCGUCACUACAAAUAAAAAUGCUCCAGAGCUCAACUUUCUUGGUCUUCAUCGCUACCCUGACCCACAUCAAUUUGAUUUAAAAAAGCGACUUUGCAAUCUUCGAAACGCGCAUAUUCAUACCCAAAAAGACAUAAACCCCUCGAAUCUUUUUGUUGGAGUCGGCUCCGACGAAGCCAUUGACGCCCUAUUACGAUGUUUCUGCACGCCAGGAAAAGAUAAAAUCCUCACUUGUCCCCCAACAUACGGAAUGUACGCGGUCAGUGCACAGGUAAAUGAUAUCGGGAUCGUCAAGGUCCCUUUGGAUGUUGAAAACGCCUUUCAGUUGCGUCCUGACGCAAUUAAUGCCGUCCUUGCAGAAGAAAAGGAUAUCAAGUUGGUCUAUAUCUGUUCCCCAGGAAACCCCACGGCAAAUUUAAUAAAGAAAGACGAUAUACGAAAAGUGCUUGAGCACCCCACAUGGAAUGGGGUUGUCGUUGUCGACGAAGCAUAUAUAGAUUUCGCUCCCGAAGGGUCAAGUCUAGCAGAAUGGGUAGCAGAGUGGCCUAAUUUGGUCGUCAUGCAGACUUUAAGCAAAGCCUUUGGCCUAGCUGGGAUUCGAUUGGGAGUAGCAUUUACUUCCCCCGAAAUUGCAAGGCUAUUAAACAGUCUCAAGGCACCAUAUAAUAUCUCUAGCCCUACUAGUGCGCUCGCCCAAGCUGCCUUAGCGCCGGAGAAUCUUGCGGUUAUGCGAAGCAAUAGAGAGAAAAUACUGGUUCAGCGCAAUAGGCUGUUGGAAGAGUUGCCCAAGAUCCCUGGCGUGGGCAGAUUUCUUGGUGGCAACGAUUCAAACUACUUGCUCGUGGAGAUUUUAGACAAACCUGCCCAACAACAUGGUGCUCCUUGCAAUAAAGCCGCUCUUUCUGCAUAUCAAUCUCUUGCAGAAAGUAAAGGUGUUGUGGUCCGGUUCAGGGGUAAAGAGCACGGGUGUGAAGGAUGCUUAAGAAUUACGGUAGGAACUGAGGCCGAAGUAUCUAGGUUUUUACUUGAAUUGGAGACUGUACUGAAGACUUUUUAUGCUACCAGGUCUUAA